CCCAGGCCUGGGAGGGCUAACCCAGGCACACAGCGCACAGGCCCCGGCCGGGGUAGCGCCGGGCUACGGACGCAGUGCCGCCGAAGCUCACCCCAGGGCGCCGGCAUACUCUUCCCCCUCACACUAGUGCGCUCCAGCCCGCGCCUUUCCCCAGAACCGAAAGCGGGGGUGUAUUUCGUUUUUUUCCUUAAAUCUCUGCACAUUUCGGGGACUCGGAGUCCUGGGCCUCGCGGACUAUUCCCUGCGGGGGCCUGCGCGAGCCAAAGGUGUGUCCCCGCUCGGGUCAGCGCUGCGCUCUGCGCAGUUUCUUUUCCUGUUAAGUCUUUUUCUUGUUCAUGUUUUUACUUUUCUCCCGUUCUUUUAUUGUUUUCUCUCUCUCUUUCUCUCCCUUUUGUGAAUGGGCCGCGGUGUCUUUGUUCUGGAGAGAAGCGCCCGUGUCGCCGACUUUUGUGAACCAGAGAAGGAUCUUGUAAAACCUUUUCUCCUUCAUACUUCCCCACUCCCACCCCUCCUCUUUUGCCCCUUUGAUUAGAUGUUCCCUCAUCGUCAAAAAAAAAAUGUAAUUUCGUUAGCCUGGCGGCCACUUUCUUUGAACAUUAGCUCGCUUUCAGCUCCAACUUCAAUUAGAAGGAGUUGAUUUUGAGAGAUCAACAAAAGGACCGACCAAAGCCUUAUUAAAGGUCCUAAGAACAUCUCCCGGGUUCUUUGAGAAGCAGUUAAGGAAACAGUGUGCCCUCCAUCAUAUUCUGUUACCGUAUUUUAUUCGGACUCCAAAGGAAAGUGUCGCUUGGGGGAGGGGGAAGCACUUUGAAGAGCGGCGGCCGCGGCCCCUUUUCACUCAGCGGGCUCCCCCUUCCUUCUCCUCCACCUCCUCGCCCCGCGCCUGGUCCGCUCUCGGUGCCCGACCUUGCGGCCCCGCAGCGCCCGCGCUCCCCACUGCGAAGCGCCCGGUGGCUCCUUGACUCGCCCUCACACUUACUCCUGUUCAAACUUUUCACUCCGCCUGUUGAGGUGGAGGGGAGGGGGGAUUAGGAAGAAGCGGUAGGAAUUCCUCGAAAGGGAGUAAAGUGCCUAAUAUUCAGGAGGAGGUGCCAUUUAAAAGAAUUGCCUUACUCAGUGUUGGGGCGAAACACUUUUCUUUUUGCGCUUUGACAAGUCCAUCCAGGUAGACGUGUUUGAGAAGUUUGUUCGAUUGGGAAAUGGGCUUCGCCAGUACGAACGAUCCGGGGAGAUCGCUUCAAGGAGGCUCCUGCGGCAUGUGGGAAAGAAAUUGAGGGCAGGGGUCUGUGGCCACGUUUUCCACCAAAUUGUCCCUUGUAAAAGGAGAACGGGAAGGAGACAGUGUGAAAGAGAAAGUUUCCUAUCCAAACCUUUCGAUUCAGAAGUAGAGUGUGUGUGUAAGGGAGAGGGGACUCUGCGCUCCAACAUUUCAAAAGAAGCGUUUAGGAUUUGCAAACACCUUUCGUGGGGACUGGGAACACCAGGAGACGCCGAAGAGCAGGCUACAUUUCCAAUCACCUAAACAACCCGGCCAGUCAAGCCACUCCGACAAGGUUGGCUGCCCGGAAGGUCCGUGUGAGGGUGCGAGGUAGAUGGUGAGCGGCCCCGGCAGCUGAGGGCAGGCCGGGCCCCCAGACGCAACAGAGCUUGAAGGACUGCGCAGUGGGAGCCCCGCACUGCGCCCGGCCCCGGCCCCCUGGAUCCUUCGGGGCGCCUCCACCCAGCUGUUAGCAUGAUGUCUUACCUCAAACAACCCCCAUACGGCAUGAACGGGCUGGGCCUAGCCGGGCCGGCUAUGGACCUCCUACACCCCUCCGUGGGCUAUCCGGCCACCCCGCGGAAGCAGCGACGGGAGCGCACCACCUUUACGCGCUCUCAGCUGGACGUGCUCGAGGCACUCUUCGCCAAGACUCGCUACCCUGACAUCUUCAUGCGCGAGGAGGUGGCGCUCAAGAUCAACCUGCCAGAGUCCAGAGUCCAGGUCUGGUUCAAGAAUCGCCGUGCCAAAUGCCGCCAGCAGCAGCAGAGCGGGAGCGGGACCAAGAGCCGCCCAGCCAAGAAGAAGUCCUCCCCGGUGCGGGAGAGCUCGGGCUCCGAAAGCAGCGGCCAGUUCACGCCGCCCGCUGUGUCCAGUUCCGCCUCGUCCUCCAGCUCCGCAUCGAGCGCUUCGGCCAACCCGGCGGCUGCAGCGGCUGCAGGCCUGGGCGGGAACCCGGCGGUGGCAGUCCCGUCGUCGUUGAGUACGCCGGCUGCCUCGUCCAUCUGGAGUCCGGCUUCCAUCUCGCCCGGCUCAGCGCCCGCUUCCGUGUCGGUGCCCGAGCCUUUGGCCGCGCCUAGCAACGCAUCGUGUAUGCAGCGCUCGGUAGCCGCAGGCGCCGCCUCUGCCGCAGCCUCCUAUCCCAUGUCCUACGGCCAGGGCGGCAGCUAUGGCCAGGGCUACCCCACGCCCUCCUCUUCCUACUUUGGCGGCGUGGACUGCAGCUCAUAUCUAGCGCCCAUGCACUCGCACCACCACCCGCACCAGCUCAGCCCUAUGGCACCCUCCUCCAUGGCUAGCCACCAUCACCACCAUCCCCACGCGCACCACCCGUUGAGCCAGUCCUCAGGCCACCACCACCACCAUCACCACCACCAUCACCAGGGCUACGGCGGCUCGGGGCUCGCCUUCAACUCUGCCGACUGCUUGGAUUACAAGGAGCCUGGCGCCGCCGCUUCCUCCGCUUGGAAACUCAACUUCAACUCGCCUGACUGUCUGGACUAUAAGGACCAAGCCUCAUGGAGGUUUCAGGUCUUGUGAGCCCAGGAGUGGGAGGAAGAGAAGAAGAAACGCAACUACCUGCGCCCUCCGUGGUCCCCGUCCAGUUGUUGCUGCUGCUGCUGCACUGCCCGCCUUUGCCUCGGCUUUUCCAGACCUGAAAUUUCAUGCUCCCAAAAGAUGCCCAUUGCUGCACUGCCGCCCUCAUCUUUGUGCCACUUGCUUGGGGGAUGUGCAAACCCUGCCCACCCCUUGGAAGAGGGGACCGGUGCUUCGGCUUGGCCCACAAGUUCUAUAUGGGAGAGCUGUGUGCUCCCCUCCUCAACCCCUAACGAACUCCUAAGUCACCAUCUUCUAGUCUUUCUGGACAGUUAUUAUGCGCUUGCAGCCUUCGGAGGCUCUUCGCUCUGACUUGCUGUUUGAGCCCUACACUUUAAUUUAUUCUUUCUGGACACUGGAGUCACUAACUGGCAUGUGUCUGCCUGUUGGAGUGCACCCAUACUCUACUCCAAAUCAAAACAACCACUAAGCGUUUCUCGCGUGCAGACUGCCGCCCCUUCAGCUGCCCUAAGCCCCGCUCCCCGCCUGCAGACCAGAGCUUCCCGGCGUUUCCUCCUCCCCAGCCGGAUGCGCUGGGACGAGGCCCGGAGGGAGGAGCGCACCCAUAGCCUCUCGCGCACAGCCCCGCCCUGCGUAGAACUGGCUCAGUCUUCCGCUUCGGCGGGAAUGCUGUAUAUAGUCAGGUCCGUUCCAGGGACCACUUAAACUUUUUAGUUGCUGUUGGUUGAACUGAGCAUAUCUCGUCUUAGAGUCCAAGAAAUAGAACUUUAAGAUAUAUACAGCAUAUAUAUAUACACAUAUAUAUAUAACAAAAGCAAAAAAUAUUUUCCCUCUGUCCCCUUUCCUCUCUUCCUCAAACGAUGGCGCUUUUACUUUUUCAGUUGUUGCAAAGCUUCCCUGCCCUCUCACACCUUCUCCCUCUGUGUAUUUAUUAAAGAGAAUCGUUUGGUUUCAGGAAGCUGCGCGCGGAGGAUCGGGAGGGUCUGGGAGUGUGAAGGCAAGAGCCAAGUCAGGGUACAGGGGAGGGGGCUAGUCUGGGCCGGGGCGCAGGACUGAGCCCUUCACCAGGUCUAAGCACAGGGUCGCAGUUCCAGUUAAGAGAUCAAAACCAAAAGAAAACAAAAAAUAAAAAUAAAAAUACAGCAUUAUGGAAAAACAAACAAACCCAGGCCCCAAACCCCGGUUCCAAUUCCUCUGUCGGCUUCUCUCUCUUUAAACAACCCUGUUUUGUCUAGUGAGUUUUUAGUGCACCUUCAUUCUCCGAAAUCUGCGGAGGACCCACGCCUGUAUAUCAGUUUUGGCUUUGGCCUUUUCGUCCAGUAGGUGGGAAAGUAAUUUGUAAAUUUGAUUUGUCCGAUGUGAAGAUCGCAAAUUACUUGUUGAAAUGUAAGGCAGUCCCCUUCCGCCCCCUUUAUCUACAUUAUUUCCCGAAAAUAAAUGCAAAUUAAUGAACGGCU